AUGGAGUCCAGGAACGUGGCAAUAGGAGUAGUGCUCUCACUUCAAAGUGUACUUGGAAUUCUGGGAAACGUCUCUCUCCUCCUAUACUAUCUACUCCUUUACUACAAUGAAGGCACAUUAAAGACCAUAGAUUUCAUUCUUACACAGAUAUUUACCGCCAACUCCUUGAUUAUUCUCUCCAAAGGAACGCUGCAGAUAACAGGCGCCUUUGGGUGGAAUCAGUUCUUUAAUGAUGUUGGAUGCAAAUUUAUUUUAUAUAUGGUCAGACUCGGCAGAAGCAUGUCCAUCACCACCACCUGCCUCUUGAGUGUCUUCCAGGCCAUCACCAUCAGCCCCAGGAACUCCUGUUGGAAGAAUAUCAUGGCCAAAAACCCAUGGUUCAUGAGCUUCUCCAUUUCCCUCUGCUGGAUACUACACAUGGUGAUGAAUAUGAUUUUCCCUACAUAUCCAUCCACCAGGAGGAAUAGCAAAAAUAUGACACAAAAAAGAAGUUCUGAAUUCUGCCCCUCCUCUCCAGGACGUGAUGCUAUAAGACAAUCACUAUACAUGGUAUUUUGGGUGUUACCAGAAGCCUUGUUUUCGGUGAUCCUGGUCGGUUCCAGCAGCUUCAUGAUUGUCAUACUGUAUGGACACAAGAAGCGUGUUCAACAUAUCCAUAGUUCUCAUUCUUACCCCAGAAACUGCCCUGAGUCCAGAGCCACCCAGAACAUUCUAGUCCUCGUGUGCACAUUUCUGGGUUUUUACUCACUCUCUUCUGUCUUACAAGGCUGCCUUACUCUUUCACAUAAUCCUAGUUGGUGGCUAAUGAACACCACAGCCAUUAUUUCUGUGUUUUCCUACUUUAGGCCCCUUUCUCAUGAACCGUGA